AUGCGCUUAAGCGAUCACAGGAACAACACGCUAAUCUGUCACGAGGAGAAGAAAUCAUCAUGGAAUUAUGGAAGAGUUGGAAGAGAUUUGACAAUUCGGAUUGAAUCGAGUAAAGUGGACAAUCGACGUCUACCGUCGAAAUCUCUUACGCCAUACUUCAAAGCAAAAGAACGCGAACAGCUGAUGCUAUGGGGAGUUGGAAAGAACUUCAACAGCCGCCCACCAAGUGUUGCGUAUCGAAACGCCUCCCACGAGGGCGGUUGA